AUGUCGACCACAUCGACAUUUCUACAAAUCCCACCCACCCUCCCUCCGCCGACAACAGAUCAACAACAGGAUGCUGCAAGAAUACAUUCCAUCACAGCUGUUCAACCGUCAUCCACAAAGAAUAUAUUUCGGAGCAUUACUUCUAUUCAUCGAUCCACUUCAGCGCUUCCUGCUUCUCAUUUGGACUUAGAUAUCGCCUCAUCAGCUGGUCUUCAGAUGUCUGUUGGUCCUACCCUGACCUAG